AUGGCUAAUUUUACAAUGAGUGGGUUUCUUCUGAUGGGAUUUUCUGCCAAGCCUGAGCUAGAACUCGUUCUUGCUUCUCUGUUCUUAGUCUUAUACAUGGUGGCGGUAAUUGGCAACAUCCUCAUUAUCACCGCAACUUUCAUAGAUGGUAGUCUUCACUCACCCAUGUAUUUCUUCCUGAAACAUCUCUCCUUCCUGGAUCUGUGCUACAUUUCCGUGACUGUACCAAGAUACAUUUGCAACUCUUUCAUGCAGAAUGGCUAUAUUUCCCUAUGGGAAUGCAUAGUGCAAAGUUUUGCUUUCAUUCUCUGUGGUUCUGCUGAGCUGUCCAUGCUCACAGUAAUGUCGUAUGAUCGCUACAUGGCCAUCUGCUUUCCACUGCACUAUGAAAUCAUCAUGGAUGUCAGCAAAUGCGUCCAAGGAGUCCUAGGCAUCUGGAUCAGUGCGAUCAUUUCUGGUGCCAUGCACACAGCUGCCACUUUCUCCAUGCACUUCUGUGGUUCCCAUAUCAUUCACCAGUUCUUCUGUGAUAUUCCACAGCUCAUGAAACUCUCUUGUUCUAAUGAGUAUAUCAGAGAGGUUGGUGUCACUGGCUUCUUGUCUCUGGUGGCCUUUCUUUGCAUCACCUUUAUUGGAGUGUCCUACACAAAGAUAUUCUCCACUGUGCUGAGGAUGCCAUCUGCUGAGGGUAGAGCCAAGGCCUUUUCAACUUGCCUUCCCCACCUGGCUGUGGUCAUGUUGUUUAUUACAACCAGUGUUUUUGAGUUUCUCAAACCACCUUCUGAAUCUCCCAGUGCACUGGACAUUUUGUUGACUAUUAUGUACACAGUUGUGCCCCCAACACUCAACCCAAUGAUCUAUAGCCUGAGAAAUCAAGCCAUAAAGGCAGCUCUGAGAAAAGUUCUCCAAAGAAGACAAUACCUCCCAAAGAAAGAAGACUGUGUCAGUGCAGUCUCUGCACUGGAAAAAGAUGAUUUGUGGAAAGGUAACAUUUUGGAAACUGCUGUCUCUGUGGAAAUCACUAACUUCAAAGAAAGACAGACUUCAGCAUUGAAGAAACAGCUGAAACUCCCAGUUCCCAGAAGAUGA